CAGUUCUCACUUCUCAGCUGAGUAACUGAAGCUGAAGGAAACCCUCGAUCAGAACAGAAAUGGCGGCAAAUCAGAGACUACAUCUCCUCUUCACUUUGCUAGUCUGUCUUAGCUUCUCUCUUGCACAGGCAAAGAAAUCCCAGGAAAAAUUGAAAGAAGUGACUCACAAGGUUUACUUUGACAUUGAGAUUGAUGGCAAACCAGCUGGACGCAUCACUAUGGGUCUCUUUGGGAAAACUGUUCCUAAGACAGCAGAAAAUUUUAGAGCUCUGUGCACAGGUGAGAAGGGGGUUGGAAAACACGGGAAGCCUCUGCAUUACAAGGGAAGUACAUUCCACAGGAUUAUACCCAACUUCAUGCUUCAAGGAGGCGACUUUACUCUAGGCGAUGGAAGAGGUGGAGAAUCAAUCUACGGGGAGAAGUUUGCUGAUGAAAACUUUAAGAUCAAACACACAGGACCUGGAAUCCUGUCGAUGGCAAACGCUGGCCCUGACACUAAUGGUUCCCAGUUCUUCAUCACUACUGUGACAACCAGCUGGUUAGAUGGCCGGCAUGUCGUAUUUGGAAAGGUGCUAUCCGGGAUGGAUGUGGUGUACAAGAUUGAAGCUGAAGGCAAUCAAAGCGGCACACCCAAAAGCAAAGUGGUGAUUGUCGAUAGUGGUGAACUCCCACUCCCAAUGUGAUCACUUUUUAUACAUAUAGGUGGUGUUCGGUUGCCAAAAUAAAAUAAUACCAAGAUAUAAUAUAGGAUUGAGUUGUGAGAUUAUUUUAGUCAUAGGGGAUUAGCUAUGAAUAAUUAUCUCAUGAUUAUUCAUCUAGUUGAGAGAUUGAACCUCAUGAACCAAACAUACUACAAAUUUAAUCUCGGAUACAAUUUUGCAAACCGAACCCUCCCAUAUUAGAUGCACCAAGACUCUAAAGUUCCACUUAGUUGUGAGUUUGAAUGCUGAAGUUAUCGGACAAACCUGGGCAUUUGGAACAUAAAUCUUGGAUACAAGAGCUUUUAUGCUCUCUAUAUCUUACAAUGAUAAUAUGAAUUUAUGAAAUUAA